AUGGCAGCUCGAGGCACCGGCGACGCGUGGCUGCCCUCGUCUCUCGAAGCCGCCCGAAUCGCCUCGCUGCCCUCGACGGCCUACUACUUGCCAAACUUCAUCAGCGAGGAAGAGGAGCGCCUGAUUCUUGACAAAAUCGCCGCGGCUCCUCGUCCACGAUGGAAACAGCUCACCCAUCGACGGCUCCAGACCUGGCCGUCGGACCUCGUCAACAACAGGCUCCUCGACGCACCGCUGCCCUCUUGGCUUGAGACCCCCAUUGUGCCGCGGCUACUGUCCCUUCCGCUCUCCGACGACGGUGACUCUCCCAAGCACAUCUUCGCCGAAAGCCCCCACCAGCGCCCGAAUCACGUCCUUAUCAACGAGUAUCCUCCGGGAAUCGGCAUCAUGCCGCAUAAGUUAAGUGAUGGCGCUGCGUAUUGGCCCGUGGUGUGCACCGUCAGCCUCGGCGCGAGUCUCUGCCUGAACCUGUACCGCAGCAAGGAGGACGGCGCCCUUGAUCCCGAGCCUGCCUGGCGCAUUCUCCAAGAACCUCGUAGUCUUCUCAUCACCACAGCCAACCUCUAUACGGACUAUCUGCAUGGCAUCGCCGACGCUGAGGAGGAUCUUGAUCUAUCUGCCGACACCAUUGUGAACUGGCCCUUGCUUCGAGAUCCCGAGGCGUUUGCUGGCGGUCGGAACCCGAGACAGACCCGCACCAGCCUCACAUACCGAGACGUCCUCCAAGUGUCCAAAGUCGGAGCCAAAUUAGGCCUCUUCGGCAAGCGAUGA